GCGUGUCCCGCGCGACAUGGAGGGCCCGUGGGCGCCGGGCGCGACGGCGGCGUGCUGCUCGUCCUGGGCUGCCGUGAGUGCGAGUAAAAGUUUGCCCACCAUGUCAACAGACAGUGUGGAGAUUGAUGAUGGGUUAUACAGCCGACAGAGGUACGUUCUUGGUGACACAGCAAUGCAGAAGAUGGCCAAGUCCCAUAUUUUCUUAAGUGGUCUGGGUGGUCUUGGUUUGGAAAUUGCAAAGAACCUCGUUCUUGCAGGAAUUAAAGCACUUACAAUUCAUGAUACAGAAAAAUGCCAAGCAUGGGAUUUAGGAACCAACUUCUUUCUCUGUGAAGAUGAUGUUGUUAGUGGAAGAAACAGGGCUGAAGCUGUACUUGGUCGUAUUGCAGAACUAAAUCCAUAUGUUCAUGUCUCAUCAUCUUCUACUCCUAUUGAUGAAACCACCGAUCUCUCCUUCUUAGAGCAGUACCAGUGUGUAAUAUUGACUGAGAUGAAACUUAGAUUACAAAAGAAGAUCAAUUCCUUUUGCCGUUCUCAUUGCCCUCCAAUUAAGUUCAUUAGUGCAGAUGUACAUGGAAUUUGGUCGCGAUUGUUCUGUGAUUUUGGUGACGAAUUUGAGGUUUCAGAUACAACAGGAGAAGAACCGAAAGAAAUUUUCAUUUCAAAUAUAACGCAAGCCAACCCUGGCAUUGUCACUUGCCUUGAAAAUCAUCCCCACAAGCUGGAGACUGGACAGUUCCUAACAUUUCGAGAAAUUAAUGGCAUGACAGGUUUAAAUGGGUCUACACAGCAGAUAACUGUGGUGUCUCCGUUCUCCUUCAGCAUUGGUGACACUACAAAACUGGACCCUUACUUACACGGAGGCACUGCUGUGCAGGUCAAGAUGCCAAAAACAUUUUGCUUUGAAUCAUUGGAGAAGCAGAUAAAACAUCCAACAUGCCUUAUUGCGGACUUUAGCAAACCUGAGGCACCUUUACAGACUCACAUAGCUAUGCUUGCCUUGGACCAAUUUCAGGAAAACUACAAUCGCAAGCCAAAUAUUAGAUGCCAUCAAGAUUCAGAUGAGCUUUUUAGACUGGCAUUGUCUGUUCGUGAAACCUUGCAGGAGAAGCCUGAAGUGCAUGCCCACGUGGUGUACGGGCUCUCCUGGACUGCUCGAGGCUACUUGCCCCCGCUCGCUGCAGCAGUAGGCGGGGUGGCCAGCCAGGAGGCACUAAAAGCUGUGACGGGGAAGUUUUCUCCUUUGUGUCAGUGGUUGUAUCUUGAAGCUGCAGACAUUGUUGAAUCCCUAGGCCGUCCUGAACGUGACGAGUUCCUCCCACGAGGAGAUCGAUAUGACGCCUUACGAGCCUGCAUUGGGAAUACAUUGUGUCAGAAGCUUCACGAUUUGAAUAUCUUCUUAGUGGGAUGUGGAGCCAUAGGCUGUGAGAUGUUAAAAAAUUUUGCUUUAUUAGGUGUUGGUACAAGCAAAGAAAAAGGAAUGGUAACAGUUACAGAUCCUGACUUGAUAGAAAAAUCCAACCUCAAUAGACAGUUCCUGUUCCGCCCACGUCACAUACAGAAAGCUAAAAGCUAUACUGCUGCUGAAGCAACUCUGAAAAUAAAUCCUCAGCUGAAGAUAGACGCACACAUGAAUAAAGUGUGUCCGGCCACUGAGACCAUCUACAAUGAUGAAUUCUAUACAAAACAAGAUAUCAUUAUUACAGCAUUAGAUAACGUGGAAGCCAGGAGAUAUGUAGACAGCCGCUGCUUGGCGAAUCUGCGGCCGCUCUUAGAUUCUGGAACGAUGGGCACAAAGGGACACACUGAAAUUAUUGUACCUCACCUGACUGAGUCUUACAGUAGUCAUCGGGACCCCCCAGAAGAGGAAAUACCCUUUUGUACUCUGAAGUCCUUCCCGGCUACUAUUGAGCACACUAUCCAGUGGGCACGAGAUAAGUUUGAAAGUUCCUUUGCCCACAAGCCUUCAUUGUUUAACAAAUUUUGGCAAACCUACCUGUCUGCAGAAGAUGUCUUACAGAAGAUGCAGAAUGGACAGAGCUUAGAAGGCUGUUUUCAAGUUAUUAAGUUACUUAGCAGAAGACCUAGAAGUUGGUUCCAGUGUGUAGAAUUGGCAAGGUUAAAGUUUGAAAAAUAUUUUAACCAUAAGGCACGCCAGCUGCUGCACUGCUUUCCUGCCGACACGCGCCUGAAAGACGGCAGCUUCUUUUGGCAGUCACCUAAGAGGCCACCUUCUCCAAUAAAAUUUGAUUUAAAUGAACCUUUGCACUUCAGUUUCCUUCAGAAUGCUGCAAAACUGUAUGCUGCGGUGUAUUGCAUUCCAUUUUCAGAAAAGGACUUAUCAGUGAAUACCAUCAUGAAUAUUCUUUCAGAGAUAAAAGUUCAGGAAUUCAAACCUUCCAACAAAGUGGUUCAAACAGAUGAAAACGCAAGGAAACCAGACCAUGUUCCUAUCUCCAGUGAAGAUGAAAGGAAUGCUAUUUUCCAUCUAGAAAAGGCAAUUUCAUCUAAUGCAGCUACCAAAAGUGACCUUCGGAUGGCAGUCCUUUCGUUUGAAAAAGACGAUGACAGUAAUGGUCACAUAGAUUUCAUCACUGCUGCCUCCAACCUCCGAGCCAGAAUGUAUAGCAUUGAACCAGCUGACCGCUUCAAAACAAAGCGCAUAGCUGGGAAAAUCAUACCUGCUAUUGCAACAUCCACUGCUGCCGUUUCUGGCUUGGUCGCUCUGGAGAUGAUCAAGGUGACUGGCAGCUAUCCAUUUGAAGCUUACAGAAACUGCUUCCUUAACUUAGCCAUUCCAAUAAUAGUGUUUACAGAGACAUCUGAAGUAAGAAAAAUAGAAAUCAGAAAUGGAAUAUCAUUUACAAUUUGGGACAGGUGGACUGUCCAUGGAAAAGAAGAUUUCACGCUCUUGGAUUUUAUCAAUGCUGUCAAGGAGAAGUAUGGCAUUGAACCAACGAUGGUGGUACAAGGAGUCAAGAUGCUUUAUGUUCCCGUGAUGCCUGGCCAUGCCAAAAGAUUAAAGUUAACAAUGCACAAGCUGGUGAAACCUUCCACCGAGAAGAAAUACGUGGAUCUCACUGUGUCUUUUGCCCCGGACACUGACGGAGACGAGGACCUGCCGGGACCACCCGUGAGGUAUUUCUUCAGCCACGGCUCUGAGUAGGUGUCUUGGAAGGUGCUCCAGAGUUGACUUAGGAGAGUAGUUCAGGAGCAAGAUCAUCAGCUCGUGAUACUGCAUUAACGGAAGGAGUCACCAGCCGCUGCAUGAGGGUUCCAGAGCACUUGGAGCAGAGCUCGCAGCUGCUUUGAGCUGGAACCCUUUAAAACAAACACUUCAGGGAACCUGCGUAUCAGGUCUGCGGAUGGAGAGGAACAAAACGCUCAUCUAUGACCACAGGAAAUAGGAUGAAGAAAUUUAAAGCAGCAAGUGCAGCUAUCCAAAAAGUUUCAUCCUGUUUUAUGAUUUUCUUUCUGUUUAGUAUCUGAGACCCAUUUUUCAAUAUGAGUAGUGUUUGGCACUCAGACUUCUUCUAUGUUCAGGCUUUGAAAAUGUAAUAUACUGAGGAACAGAGGGCUGGUAAUGGCAGGAGAAGAGUGGGUCUAACUUUCCUGUCCCUUCUUACUCCACACAGUGCUCAGUUCUGUCUCCCCAGGCCAGGGUUUUGUUGGUUCCUCAGUGUUGUGAACAGGGAGCAUUUGGCCAUAGGGCACCUGUUAACUGGGACUAAAUGUUAACAGUAAAACAUGGGCUCUGACAACCCUCUUAGAAAAUCCGUGAAUGUGAACAGAUAAGUGUGGCUAAUCAUUUUAAGUAUGCUUUUAUUUUAUUUAGCUGGAUCUCUAAACUUGUUAUAGUGUAUAAGGCUGAAAUGUUUUUUUGUAAAGGGAAUAUUCUAGGAAAUCGAUGGAAAUUAGAAAUUAAAAAAAUUAUUACUA